AUGAAUUAAAAAAAAUCUAAUAAUCAUUUUGAACUUCUUUUAGAAACCCUGGAAGUUAUCUGGAUAUAACAAUCAGGGUUUCUUGAUAGAAUUACUUUAGAAAGUGGAGUCAAUUUUUACUACUAUAACAAUUUAAUUAUGUUAGUAGGUAUGUGUUUUACUUUAUGAAGGAAAUUAUUAUUACUGUUAAAAUGCAGCUUAAAAAAUUAAAGACAAAAUUCAUGAUGAUUUUUAUAUGCAAAUUGAUGAAUUCCGAAAUAAUGAAGAAACUAAACUUUUUCAUCAAUUAUUUUAUUAACCCGAAUAUAGAGAAAUAAGCAAAAAUAACAGAGGAUUUUGGAUUUAUACAUUUUAAUCUCUUAUGAAAUAAUAUUAAAAAAUGGAAUAACAAGGAUAUUAAUCAAAUUUCCCUAAUUUACCAAAUUAUUUUAUUAUAACAUGGUUCCCUAGAAGAAAUAUGUUAUAUAUUUAAUAAUAGAUUUUUUAAAUGAUUGGUUAUUAAUAUAAUCAAGGCAAAUAAAAAGAAUAGUUUAAAUUUGAUAAAUAAUAUAAUAUAACAGCUUUAGAGGCUAUUUCAAUAUAUCUUAUUUUAGAUGUGUUGGAGAUUAUGGAUUAAUUUUAAUUAAAAAUAGAACUGAAAUAAAUACCAAAUCAAUUCUUUCUAGUGAUUAAAGCAAAUAGUAUGAAUUCUGUGGAAGAAAUAUUGAAAAUUUUAGAGAAUAAUUUGGAGAGAAAAAAAUUCUGGCCUAUAGCAUAUUUAGAAAUUUAAUUGAGUUCGAAUGAUCUCUUUUAUUUAGAAAAAGAGUUAAAUGAUUAGGUCAGAACCCAUUCAGGAAUUAAGAUACAUACUUAUGAAGAUGUGAUACAUGAAUCAAAAAGAUUAGAUUAAUAGUUUGAUACAAAUUUAAAUGAAAUUCUAAAUUAGAGAUUUUGUAUAUAUUUAUUUGAUAAUUAAAGGUUCAGAUGAAUUAUUUAUAUUUGGAGAUGACGAUAAAUAAUGCGAAAUAACUGAAAAGGUAAUUUAAAUAGUUAGAAAACUUAAAUAAAAGAAUAAAUCAGACUUAGUGGAGACAACUUCCCAAUAUUUUUAUUAUUAAGAAAGCUCAAACGCUAGAUUCUAAAGAAACCCUAAGAUUAAUUAAAAAUAAUAUUUCCCAUUCUAAAAUAAUUCUAAAAAUAACUACAAGGAUCAAUUUACCUAACAUGAUAAAAAAUAAUUUGAAUAACAAUCUUUUUAACCAUCUUAAAAUUUUGCGAUUAAUGUAUCGGACUCAAAGUAAACUUACUAUUCAUAAUAAAAAAACACAACUUUUGCUGGUGAAACUUUUUAAUAAGAUAAUUAUCUUCCUUUGAAAGAUUAUAAAAAACAUUCGUCAAACUACGUUAAAAACUCAUCUUCAUGGAAAAAUUAUAACUAGAAAUCUAAAAGGAUGCGAUAUCAUGAAUAGGCUAAUUAUCGCGAAUAAGCUAAUAAUGAGGUUGAUGUUUCUUUGUAUGUUGCAAAAUCAACAAUUAAUUAAGACCUUCAGAAUAACUAUAACUUCUAAUAUUCUUAAUAACUGCAAGAAGAAGAGAAAUCUUCAGAAUUAUUAAUAACAGAAGAUUUAAAUAAAUUAAUCUAAUGUUAAGUAAUUAAAAUUUAAUUAUAUUAAUUUUAAAUUCUUUAUACUUAGAUCGAUAAUAAAUCUACAUAAAAAAUUAACUUUACAGAAUUUAAGCAAUCCUUUGAAGAAUUUAAAUAAAACUAUUAUAAUUUAAGACCUGAAAUAAAUUUAGAAUUCAGUUCUGAUAGUAUAAAAAUAAAUGUUAAAUUUAAAUAAAUGGAAGACAUUAAUUAAAUAAAAAAUAUUUUCCAUAAGUAUUUUUUUUAAUCAAUGUAUUAUGUUACUUAAUAUUCAACAUAAGCAUUGGGUUUAGUGGAGAUUUUGAAAAAAAAUUUCAAAGUAGAAUAUUUUUCAACUAAAACUGAAUAAAAUGGGUUUUUAAGUGAAUAACAAUUUUUAGAAUUAGAUAGAGAUGAUGAUGGUUAAUAAAUGGCUAUUAAAAUUUCCAAAUAUUCGUAUAGGCAUCAUUAUUUUUUGAAAGAAAAGUUUAAUAACUUUGAAAUAUAAUAGUCUUUUUAUUAAAAUUCUUCAAUAUUAGAUAUAAGUAAGUAAGGUGCAAAUAGUAAGAAGGUGAUUAUUAUAUCAGAAGAUUAAUUUAAAUAUUUAACAUAAAAUUUUCCAGAUUUAGAAGCUUGCUAAUUGAGAAAAUUUAAAGAAUAUUUUAAAAUAUCGUUUUAUUUUGUUUAAAUAGAAUAUAUAGAGGAAAUUCUAGAGUAAGCGAAAGAGAUAUUAAAAAAAAUGAAUGAAAAGUAUGUAAAGUUAUAGGUUUAAACAAAAGAAAAAGAAAAUAAAAAAGUUUGGAUAAAAGAAAUUAGAAAAGAGGAAAGUUAUUAAGUUUCAAAAUUAUAUUGUUAUAACAUAAUGGAAGAAUUUAAUAAAAAAUUACUUAAUGACGUGAUAGAUAUUUAGUUGAAUUUAGAAGAAUAUUAAGCAAAUUAGAAUUUAUCCAUGUAUUAUGAAGCGAUAAUUGAGUUGGGAAAUAGAGAAUUGAAUGUUGGUGAUCCAGGAUGUAUUGAAACUUUAUUAUUUAAUUCAGAUUUUAAAUGUAUUAUUGAUUACUAAGAUAGAUUAACCAAAAAUAAUAAAGAUAAUUGAUUUACCUUAAGGAGCAUUCAUCACUGUAUGGAUUAGAAAUUAGAGGGAUAACUUGGACGAAGGUAGGAAAUUUUAAGUUAAUGAAAUCCUUCCAAGGUAUUUAUCUUUAUUUCUAUUUCUGUAGAGGUUAUAUCCAGAAAAAAUGA